UUCCUGAGGAGGAUGAAGCAGGAGGAGCUGGCUCAGCGUCUGUGGAGCAGAACCUCUGCUGGAGUCUGCCAAAAGAAGCUGAAAUUUGGUCUGAAGAAGAGGUUCCAGUGUGUGUUUGAGGGAGUCGCUAAACAAGGAGAGUCCACCCUCCUGAACCAGAUCUACACAGAGCUCCACAUCACAGAGGGAGGGGCUGCAGAGGUCAAUCAGGAACAUGAGGUCAGACAGAUUGAAACAGCAUCCAGGACAGCAGACAGAGCAGAAACAAGCAUCAGACCAGGAGACAUCUUUAAAGCCUCACCUGGAAGAUCUCAACCAAUCAGAACAGUGCUGACAAAGGGAGUGGCUGGCAUUGGGAAAACAGUCCUGACUCAGAAGUUCACUCUGGACUGGGCUGAAGACAAAGACAACCAGGACGUCCACUUCAUAUUUCCAUUCACCUUCAGAGAGCUGAAUGUAGUGAAGGAGGAGAAGUUCAGCUUGGUGGGACUUGUUCAUCACUUCUUCAGUGAAACAGAAGAAGCAGGAAUCAGCAGCUUUGAAGAAUUCCAGGUGAUCUUCAUCUUUGAUGGUCUGGAUGAGUGUCGACUCCCUCUGGACUUCCACCAGACUAAGUUCCUGACUGACAUUAGAAAGUCCACCUCAGUGGAUGUUCUGCUGACAAGCCUCAUCAGUGGGAAACUGCUUCCCUCUGCUCGCCUCUGGAUCACCACACGACCUGCAGCAGCCAAUCAGAUCCCUGCUGACUGUGUGGACAUGGUGACAGAGGUCCGAGGGUUCACUGACCCCCAGAAGGAGGAGUACUUCAGGAGGAGGUUCAGAGAGGAGGAGCAGGCCAGCAGGAUCAUCUCCCACAUCAAGACCUCCCGAAGCCUCCACAUCAUGUGCCACAUCCCGGUCUUCUGCUGGAUCACUGCUACAGUUCUGGAGGAGGAGCUGAAGAGCAGAGAGGGAGGAGAGCUGCCCAAGACCCUGACUGAGGUGUACAUGCGUCAUCUGGUGGUCCAGGUUAAAAGGAACAAGGUCAAGUAUGAUGGAGGAGCUGCCACAGAUCCACACUGGAGUCCAGAGAGCAGGGAGAUGAUAGAGUCUCUGGGGAAACUGGCUUUUGAUCAGCUGCAGAAAGGAAACCUGAUCUUCUAUGAACCCGACCUGACAGAGUGUGGCAUCGAUCUCAGAGCAGCCUCAAUGUACUCAGGAAUGUUCACACAGAUCUUAAGAGAGGAGAAAGGCCUCCAGGACAUGGUUUUCUGCUUCAUCCAUCUGAGCCUUCAAGAGUUUCUGGCUGCUCUUCAUGUCCAUCAGACCUUCAUCAACUCUGGAAUCAACCUGCUGGAAGAGAAACAAACAACCAUUCAACAAUCUCCACAACAGCCUCAGCUCCACCAUCUCCAUCAGAGAGCUGUGGACGAGGCCUUGAAGAGUCCAAAUGGACACCUGGACUUGUUCCUCCGCUUCCUCCUGGGUCUUUCACUGGAGACCAAUCAGAGUCUCCUUCGAGGUCUGCUGACACAGACAGGAAGUAGCUCACAGUCCAAUCAGGAAACAGUCCAGUACAUCAAGAAGAAGCUGAGUGAGAGUCUGUCUGCAGAGAGAAGCAUCAAUCUGUUCCACUGUCUGAAUGAACUGAAUGAUGGUUCUCUGGUGGAGCAGAUCCAACAGUCCCUGAGGUCAGGAAGUCUCUCCACAGAUAGACUGUCUCCUGCUCAGUGGUCAGCUCUGGUCUUCAUCUUACUGUCAUCAGAAGAAGAUCUGAAGGAGUUUGACCUGAAGAAAUACUCUGCUUCAGAGGAGACUCUUCUGAAGCUGCUGCCAGUGGUCAAAGCCUCCAACAAAGCUCUGUUGAGCGGCUGUGGUCUGUCAGAGAGAAGCUGUGGAGCUCUGUCCUCAGUUCUCAGCUCUCAGUCCUCCAGUCUGACACAUCUGGACCUGAGCUUCAACCGUCCAGGAGACUCAGGAGUGAAGGAGCUGUCAGCGGCAGCCUUCAACACCAUCAUCCCACAGACUCUGGUGCAGAAGCUCUCCUUCUUUGGGCUGAGAUCCACACUGGGGAACUGGGUCCUGGACUUCCUGACCAACAGACCUCAGACCAUCAGGAUCCGUAACACCAUCUCCUCCUCCAUCAGCCUCAGCACCAGCUCCCCCCAGGCUUUUGAGGACGACACAGCAGUAGUGGGAUGCAUCUCCGACAACGAUGAGUCCAACUACAGAGAGGAGGUGGAGCACCUGGUGCAGUGGUGUGGAGACAACAACCUCUGCAUCAAUGUGACCAAGGAGAUGGUGUUGGACCUCAGGAGGGACAAGUGCCCCCUCUCUCUUCUGCACAUCGGCGGAGCAGCCGAGGAGACGGAGCACACCUUGCACGUCCGCCAGGUCCUGGAGAGGCUCCUCAAGAAUCGAUUGUUUGUCAAGGCAGAGAAAUGUGAGUUCAACACUUCCUCUACAUCCUUCCUUGGCUACAUUAUUUCCUGCGGGGAGAUCAAGAUGGACCCCCAGAAGUUGUCCGCACCCGACGCCCUGUCCCGCCUGUAUGCCAAGGAGGAGGCCUCUGAGGACGUUGAGACCAUCCUGCCCAAGACCUGUCUGGUGGCCACCCUGACAUGGGAAAUUGAGGAUGUUUGCUCUCUUGGCUACCAGCCGCCUCUGUUCCCGUCUCAGGAAGAGGAGAUAGCAGUCCCGUCCGUGCAAGUGUUUAUCAAGAGAUUGGAUCAGGUGAGAACGCAGCUCAGGAAGACCAGAGCCAGGAAAGCCACGGGUCCUGAUGGCAUCAGCUCCAGACUCCUCAGGGACUGUGCAGACCAGCUCUGUCAGGUGGUCUGCUACAUCUUCAACCUCAGCCUGAGACUGGAAAGGGUUCCUGCCAUGUGGAAGACGUCUUGUGUGGUCCCGGUCCCCAAGACUUCGCGCCCCAAGGAACCAAACCACUUUAGACCCGUGGCCUUGACCUCUCACCUGAUGAAUGCUCUGGAGAGACUGGUUCUUAACGAUCUACGCCCCCUGGUGAGCCCAUACAUGUAUCCUCUGCAGUUUGAGUACCAGCCUGGGAUUGGGACGGAUUAUGCUGUCCUCUACCUGCUGCAGAGAUCCUUGUCUCACCUGGAGGAUGCUGGGAACACCGUCAGGAUCAUGUUCUUUGACUUUUCCAGUGCCUUCAACACAAUACAACCAUCACUGCUGAGGGUGAAGAUGGAGAGGGCGGGGGUUAGUGACCAGCUGGCUGCAUGGACCAUGAACUACCUCACAGACAGAUCCCAGUAUGUGAGGCUACAGGACUGUGUGUCUGAGGUGGUGGUCUGCAGCACGGGAGCCCCCCAGGGAUACGUGUCAGAGGGGAACGACUGCGAGUAUAGGAAGGUCAUCACGGACUUUGUCUUCUGGUCCGACAUUAUGGACACCUGUGGGGACCUGGGAGGGUCAGGAGGUUUUUAG